CGCGCUGACAUUCUUACACCAAUACAGUCAAAUGUGAGCCUCUCUUUCUUUAUGUGAUCAAACCAUCAUAUAUAAACAUAUAAAUCAGCAUAUGUACAUUAACAUUCAGGCCAGUAAUUCAGUUACACAAGUAAAGAAACUUUUAGAUGAACGGGCUCAACUUCGCGGACACUUCCGGGUGUUCAGUCCCAGUCAUCUGACCGAGCGGGUGACCGAUGUGGUGCCGGCUAGUCCACUUUCCCGAGUCGCGGACCGGAGUUUACAUCAUGCGUGGCUUGAUCUGCGGACCCAAACUCGCCGCGUGCGGGGUCGUGUUGAGCACGUGGGGGGUGAUAAUGAUGGCCGUGCUGGGGAUUUUCUUCACCAGCCAUUCAGCGGUGCUGAUUGAGGACGUGCCGAUGACGGAGGACAUCUUCCACGAUGACAACCCCGAGAGGAUCUACGGCCUGUACGACAGCGUGGGCUACAACUGCUUCAUCGCCGCCGCCAUCUACGUCGUGUUGGGAGCCUUGUCCUGCUGCCAGACGAAGCUCAACAAGCGGAAGGAGUACCUGGUGCACUAGCGCCACCUGCUGGACGGAGGAGCGCCAAGCGGCAGAUGUGUUCAUUUAAAAUGAGAUUCCUUCUACCUCUGGUCACCUGGAGGCUGAAAUGAUUUGACUAAAUUCGUUAAUAUGUUUUUUUCAGUGAUUUUUCUUGUAAAUGUAAAUUAUUGUGCCCCGACUUCUGUACACGCGUGUCUGUGUGUGGAAUGUGAGUCAAAUCACGUUGUUGAUUUUCUUUCAGCUUGAAAUCAUAUUGUGAGGCUUGCAAUGUCAAACAUUAAAGGUAUGUUAAUAAAUGAGUGAAGCCCGGAUGUUUCACUUUCCAGCUCCACCAGAAUACGGUGCUAAUAAUAAUGUGGUAAACGCCUAUAGAUGAAAAUAUUGUCUAAUAUAAUAAAAUGAAAAGAGCUUAA